AUGGAUGAGAAGGUCAAUCCCCGCCCGGCGGAUGCUGAUGCCGCAUAUAACUUUUUGCAUGAGCAUAACAUCGACCUAAGUUCAGUUGAUGAAAAAGCUCUACUUCGGAAAAUCGAUUGGAUGAUCGUUCCUCUGAUGUGGGCAUGCUAUAACCUUCAAUAUGUGGACAAAGUGCUCAUCAAUUUUGCAUCCAUCAUGGGCCUUCUAGAAGACGCACACUUAGAUACAAAUCAAUAUUCCUAUCUUGGGCUAGCGUUUUAUGUUUCCUACCUUUUCUUCGAGCUUCCCACUGGGUAUCUUAUGCAGAGGCUUCCAACAGCAAAGUACCUUGGGGCGAAUCUUAUCUUAUGGGGAACUGUGGUGGCUCUCAACUGUGCAGCCAAAAAUUUUGCCGGUCUGCUAGUACUCCGACUUCUCUUGGGCUGCUUUGAAGCCUCAGUUGCUCCAAGCUUGAUCUUAAUUACGGGCAUGUGGUAUAAGAAAAAAGAGCAACCAGCACGUAUGGGAUUCUGGUAUUCCGGAACAGGAACAGCAACUAUCAUCGGAGCCCUUAGUGCUUAUGGCCUUUUAUUCUACACCGGUGAAAGAUUCAAGCCAUGGCAGGUCAUGUUCCUUAUCUUCGGCCUCAUCACCAUAUUUACCGGCAUCCUCGUCGUUCUAUUCCUCCCAGAUAAUCCCAUGGCAUCCCGAUUGACUGAGGCCGAGAAAGUAUAUGCCAUUGAGCGGCUUCGAGAAAACCAAACCGGUGUUGAGAACAAACAUUUCAAAAUCAAACAGUUUAAGGAGGUUUUUGAGGAUCCUCAAACGUUCGGCAAGCGGACACUUUUCAUGGUUGCCGUCCUAAUUCCUAGCUUGUUAGGCGCUUGCAUGCUUGCGUUCUUGGAUAAUACUCACCCAGCGGCAAAACUUGCUGGAAACUACCUAACACAUUGUAAUAACGCAUUUCUCCCACUUACAUAUUCCAUUAUUACUGCCAACUACGCGGGCCAUACAAAGAAAGUGACGAUGAAUGCUAUCAUCUUGAUGGCGUUUUGUCUGGGAAACAUAUUAGGCCCUCUCACCUUCAAGGACGAGGAUGCCCCCGAGUACGUGCCAGCAAAACUUAGUAUUGUGGUAACCAUGUCAAUCACAAUAGUUUCAAUCUUCUUCUUGAGGUUCUAUUACAUAUAUGAGAACAAGAGGAGAGACAGGAAGUUGGAAGAAGGACAAGUGCAACCCGCUGCAGAUUUCCUUGAUAUCACUGACCGGGAGAACCUUACGUAUAUUGAACAUGGUCUCUUGUUCUCAAUGUCCAAGGCGGGCCAAGACUAUGCAUUUGUUGAUCUACUGUUAUAUAAAUGA